UCCUCUUGCUGGGGGGCGGCGACGGACUUCGGUGCCGCUCAGAGGCAGCCGGGCGGAGCGGAGCAGCUGGGGUGCAGCAGAGUUGGUCCCGCAGCGCCGCCACUGCUCCUCCACUCGGUAAUAACUAGUCCGGGGGGGCGUGCAGUCCGCUCCGCUCCCGGAAACUCUUGGCGUCUCUUGAGAAGGAGGCGGCGGCGCAGGGGGCUGAGCGCGGCUGGAGCGGGGGAACUUCGGGGACUUGGGGCUGUCGCGUGAGGACACCCACUGCCGCCUCCUGGACAGCCUGGCCGGAGGAAACUUUUCCCUGUGAGCUGGGGAAGGCAGCGGGCCCGGCGGAGCCAGCGACCACCCCCAGAAGUUGAGCGGGCGCUGUCAGAGCCCCGGCCGGGUGAGCGCGCUGGGAGCUGCUGGCUGCGGGGCCCGGCUGCCAGCGGACAUGAAGCUGAGCAGGCAGUUCACGGUGUUCGGCAGCGCGAUCUUCUGCGUCGUGAUCUUCUCCCUCUACCUGAUGCUGGACAGGGGCCACUUCGACCAUCCCAAAAGCCCCCGCCGGGAGGGCACUUUCCCCAAGGGCCAGCUUUCAAUAUUACAAGAGAAAAUAGACCACUUAGAACGUUUGUUGGCAGAAAAUAAUGAGAUUAUUUCCAACAUAAGAGAUUCUGUGAUCAAUCUGAGUGAAUCUGUGAAGGAUGGUCAAAGAAACCCAGAGGCCGUAAAUUUCAGUCAAGGAUCUUUUUCUGAGCUUCUGCCAUCUGCUCUAGUAUCUCUCACAAUUGAUCCUGAGGAUUGCUCAUUUGCUUCAAAAAGUGGAAGUCAAGAUUCAAAUGUACAGAUGUUGGAUGUCUAUAAUAUUCUUCCUUUCGAUAAUCCAGAUGGUGGAGUUUGGAAACAAGGAUUUGAUAUCACGUACAAUGAAAAUGAAUGGGAUGAUGAACCUCUUCAAGUGUUUGUUGUGCCUCACUCACAUAAUGAUCCAGGUUGGUUGAAGACUUUUGAUGACUACUUCAGAGAUCAGACCCAACAUAUCCUAAACAACAUGGUGGUAAAACUGCAAGAAGACAACAACAGGAAGUUCAUGUGGUCUGAAAUCUCUUACUUUUCAAAGUGGUGGGAUGGAAUAGAUAGCCAAAAAAAGGAUGCUGUUAAAAGAUUAAUAGAAGAUGGCCAGUUUGAAAUAGUAACAGGAGGAUGGGUCAUGCCUGAUGAAGCUUCUGCUCAUUACUUUGCUUUAAUUGACCAGCUGAUAGAAGGACAUCAGUGGCUGGAGAAGACUCUAGGAGUAAAACCGAAGUCUGGUUGGGCCGUCGAUCCCUUUGGGCAUUCGCCAACCAUGACUUACCUUCUGAAACGCUCAGGAUUUUCCAACAUGGUUAUACAGAGAGUCCAUUACUCAGUUAAAAAAUAUUUUGCAACCCAGAAGACGCUAGAAUUUUUUUGGAGACAGAACUGGGAUUUGGGAUCCAGUACAGAUAUCCUUUGCCACAUGAUGCCUUUCUACAGCUAUGAUGUUCCUCAUACUUGUGGUCCAGAUCCUAAAAUCUGUUGCCAGUUUGAUUUUAAGCGUCUUCCUGGAGGAAGAGUAAGUUGUCCCUGGAGAGUUCCUCCUGAGGCCAUUCAUCCUGGGAAUAUUCAGCACAGGGCUUGGAUGAUUUUAGAUCAGUACAGAAAGAAGUCAAAGCUUUUCCGUACUAAAGUUCUGUUGGCUCCAUUAGGGGAUGAUUUCCGCUACAGUGAGAGCUCAGAAUGGGAUCAGCAAUACCAGAAUUAUCAAAAGCUUUUUGAUUUUAUGAACUCUCAUCCUGAGUUACAUGUUAAGGCCCAGUUUGGGACUUUAUCAGAUUAUUUUGAGGCUCUGCGCAAAGCAGGUAAUUUGGAGGAAAAGAACAGCAAUUCAGUUUUUCCUGUUCUGAGUGGAGAUUUCUUCACAUAUGCAGACAGAGAUAAUCAUUACUGGAGUGGAUACUUUACAUCACGACCCUUCUACAAAAGACUAGAUAGAGUUCUGGAAUCCUAUUUAAGAGCUGCUGAGAUGCUUUAUUCUUUGGCACUAGUAGAGUCUAAAAAAUCUGACAAGAUGAAUGCAUUUCCUUCAGUGGACCAUUACAAAUUGCUGACGGAGGCUAGGAGGAACCUAGGACUCUUUCAGCACCAUGAUGCCAUCACAGGAACAUCUAAAGAUUGGGUAGUUGUGGAUUAUGGAACUAGGCUUUUCCACUCAUUAAUGAAUUUGAAGAGAGUGAUCACUGACUCUGCUCAUAUUCUUAUCCUAAAAGACAAAGAUACCUACAGCUACAACCCAUCAGCUCCGUUCCUUAAGAUGGAUGAUGAUCAGUCCUCACAAGAUUCUCUGCCACGCAAGACAGUUAUAAAGCUGAGCAUACAGCCAAGGUACCUUUUGGUUUAUAAUCCUACAGAGCAGGAGCGGUUCUCAGUGGUUUCAGUCUAUGUGAAUUCACCCAAAGUUAAAGUAUUAUCUCCUUCAGGGAAACCUAUUAUGGUCCAGGUCAGUGGAGUAUGGGAUGGAAGAACUACAGUAUCACAUGAAGCAUAUCAGAUCUCUUUCAUGGUGCACCUACCACCUUUAGGUCUGGGAGUUUAUCAGCUUUUGGAGGUUCUGAAUUCAGAAAUGUUCUUGGCUGAUUAUAAUAUAUAUACUAGUGGAGGAAAUAAUGUGCAGGUGAACCCAGAUAAAGUUUUCAAGAUCAAGGAGAUGCAAAAUUCUGCAGAUGACAUUACUUUAGAGAACUCCUACAUGAAACUAUGGUUUUCUGGGAUCUCAGGGCUUCUGAAGAAAAUUAACACAAAAGAAGAUGGCAAAAACCAUCAAAUAAAAAUGGAGUUUGCUUGGUAUGGAACCACAAGUAACAGAGAUAAGAGCGGGGCUUAUCUCUUCUUACCAGAUGGAGAGGCCAAGCCUUAUGUUUUCACAGAUCCACCUACCAUAAGAGUUACUCAUGGAAGGAUUUUCUCAGAAGUUACUUGUUUUUUCCUUCAUUUGACACACACAGUGCGACUCUACAAAGUUCAGGGAUUGGAAGGUGAGUCUCUUGAGCUGUCCAAUAUUGUGGACAUUAGAGGAGAAUACAAUCGUGAGAUUGCAAUGAGAAUUUCAUCUGAUGUAAACAGCCAAAACAGGUUUUACACUGACCUUAAUGGAUAUCAGAUUCAGCCCAGAGUGGCAAUGAGCAAAUUGCCUCUUCAAGCAAAUAUCUAUCCAAUGACUACAAUGGCUUAUAUCCAGGAUAGUGGCGUUCGUUUGACUCUACAUUCUGCUCAGUCUCUAGGUGUUACAAGCUUGAAAAGUGGACAGUUAGAAGUCAUUAUGGACCGUCGACUUAUGCAGGAUGAUAACCGUGGCCUUGGACAGGGUCUCCAAGAUAACAAGAUCACAGCUAAUCUGUUCCGACUUCUGCUGGAGAGAAGAAAUGAAGUAGAUGAGAAAGAAGAGAAGUCAUCAGUUAGUUUCCCCUCUCUUCUGAGCCAUACGACUUCUUUUUUCAUAAAUCAUCCUGUAAUUCCAAUGACUACAUAUGCAGAAUCUGGUGUCCCACAGAUUUUGAAUACCUUUUCUCCACUCACUUCAUCCAUGCCUUGUGACAUGCAUGUGGUCAAUCUAAGGACAAUACAAUCAAAGGCAGAUUCUGGGCCAUCUGAUGAAGCAGCCUUGAUCCUUCACAGAAAAGGACUUGACUGUAAAUUUUCAAACAAAGACACAGGGCUAUUAUGCUCUACUACUCAGGGAAAGAUAAAGGUGCACAAACUCUUUAAUAAGCUAAUCGUUGAAAGUCUUAUACCUACAUCUUUAUCUUUGAUGCAUUCGCCUCCAGAUGCCAGAAAUAUUAGUGAGAUCAAUAUGAGUUCUAUGGAGAUAAAUACGUUCCGGAUUCGACUGAGAUGAAACUUGGCUUUAAUAUUCAUAUAGUGAGGAGGAGUCUGCAGUUAUAUUUCCUCUAAGUUUGACGUGCAAUAAAGAAGCACAUUGUUGUUCCAGCUUCUGGAUACUGUGAGAAAACAUGCAUUCUAGAAUUAUUUUUUUGACCAACACAGUGAAUAGCCAUGUUGCAAACAACUUUUUUGUUUUUACAUAAAAUACCAACAGCAGUAUAAGUUAACACAACACAUGAAGAAAUUUCUAAGGAUGUUAACCUCUCGACAACAAAUUGAAUCUCAGGUUAAAUGAUAAUUAAUGGUUUCUGGGGUUUUUUGUUUUUGAAGGGAGAGGGAGUGGGACUUAAAUGACUUGUUUUGCUGAGCCUUGAUUAAUUUAUAUACAAAUAAUUGCAAUGUUGAAAUCCCUAAUAAAGCUUAGAACUUAAAUGGAAUAAAAAGCUCUUGUGUAAUAGCUAAUGUCCAAAUAUUUGAAACCAUUUAUAUAAGUGACCGUAAUCUCAGUUUAUUCUAUAUUGAAUUUCAAUUUAUUCUAUGGGAUGGAGAUUUGAAUUCUGUGGUAAAGUGAAAGACCGGAGACUUUGUCUCAUAAGAGAUGGUAGAUUUUAACACUUUUUGUUCUACCAUCACUUCGUCAAUUUCAUAGCUUAAGAAAAGAGAGAUAUUCAAAUUAAUCCUGCAAUGGAAAACUAAUAAGUCCCAUUUUGUUGCUUGACACAUUGGGAUAUGUGCAAUUAUUCCAUCAUCAUAUACAAUAAAAAAGUAAAUCUGUAAUAAUCAUGAAUAUAAGAUUUUUUACAAAACUCAUUUGGAUACUGAUGUUCUCUGAAAUGGGUUUUCUAUAUCAAGAUUACCAUAUCAAGAUAAAUGUGCCUUAUUUUUUAAUGUGUCCUGUUACUAUUUUACUGUCCACAUCACUGUUUUGGAGAAAAGGGUAGUUUAUAUAAUACUUAAACUGUGUGUCUUCUAUUUGACCAUGCUGGCCACACUCUGAUCUAUGUCCUUCAGCACCAAAUUUGUGCUGUGUUGUUCUGAACAUUUUGACUAUUUGAAUAUACUGAAACAAUGUCAUAAAACUAAAUAUUGGAAGAAUAAGGAAUAUUGUAAUAUUCAG